ACAAAACUCUCUCUCUCUCUCUCUCUCUCUCUCUAACAAGCUUUUAGAUUUUUCAUUCGCUCACAGUCCCAAAUCCCAAAGCUUUUGAAACAGAGCAGCUCCAUGCAAUUAUGGCACGCGUACACCAAGACCCAUUAACCCAAAACCCUGAUUCUUGCAAUUCUUGUGGCUUUCUUGAAGUCAGAAACGACCCAAGAAAGCUCCACAUGGAGUACGAUGCGGAUUCGAUCGACUCCGCACUAUGUGUUCCUGGUUCGAGGUUGCUUCGAACUGGGUUUUCGUGUACUAGUUGCACAGAUAAUCCAAUAAUGUUUAUAAAUGCUGGAGGUGGGAUCGUAAAGGAAGAAGGAAAUCUUAGCAUUCGAGUUCAGCCUGACAGCUUUUUCCAAGGAGGGGAUGCUCUAAGAACUGAAGAAACUAUAAUUGAGGGUGGCAAUAUACCAUCUCUUUAUCAAUCAGCUCGGGUUGGAAAUUUCUGUUACUUGUUCAACAACCUAUCCCCUGGGGACUAUUUUGUUGAUCUUCACUUUGCUGAAAUUAUAAACAUAAAUGGUCCUAGGGGAAUGAGAGUGUUUGAUGUGUUCAUGCAGGAAGAAAAGGUUCUAUCCAAACUUGAUAUCUAUUCCAUUGUUGGAGCAAACAAAGCAUUGCAGUUGGCAGAUGUUAGAGUUUCUGUGGGAGAGGGGGGGACAAUCAUAAUAAGGUUUGAGGGAGUUAAUGGAAACCCAAUGGUUAGUGGGCUUUGCAUAAAGAGGGCAGCAAGAUUACCCGCAUCCCAGGUUAAACAAGGAUACGUCAUAUGUAACAAUUGUGAUGCUGAGAUAGAAAUUUCAUCGGCUCAGAAUAAGUAUCUGAGGAUGAUGGCUACUGUCAAGUAUGAAAAGAAGAUAGAGGAGCUGAAGACCCAGUGCCAGCUCAAGACAGAUGAAUGUCAUGAGGCAUGGAUGUCAUUAACAGCUGCAAGCGAGCAGCUUGAGAAGGUUAGGAUGGAACUUGACAACAAGUUCCUUCAGAAUCUUUAUUUAGAUCAAGCUAUGGAAAAGCAAGCAGCAGAUUUGAGGGAUAUUUGUAGUAAGUACGAACGUGAUAAGAGGCUGUGGACUGCAGUUUUAGACAAUUUAGAAAAGAAAGUUACGGCCAUGAAAAAGGAGCAUUGUCAGCUAUCUCAUGAGGCACACCAGUGUUCUGAUUCUAUUCCUGAAUUGAACAAGAUGGUGUUUGCAGUUCAAGCAAUGGUUGCACAGUGUGAUGAUCUUAAAUUGAAGUUCAGUGAGGAGCAGGCAAAAAGAAAGAUGCUUUAUAACCAAAUUCAGGAAGCAAAAGGGAACAUCAGGGUGUUUUGUAGGUGUCGGCCUUUGAGGAAGGAAGAGAUAUCAGCUGGGUAUCCAAUGGUUACAGAUUUUGAUGCAGCUAAAGAUGGAGAACUUGGGGUAUUUGCAGGUGGAUCGACAAAGAAGAUCUUCAAGUUCGAUCGGGUUUAUACACCAAAGGAUGAUCAAGUUGAUGUAUUUGCGGAUGCUUCGCCAAUGGUAGUUUCGGUGUUGGAUGGCUACAAUGUAUGUAUAUUUGCAUAUGGGCAAACAGGGACAGGGAAAACUUUCACAAUGGAAGGCUCAGAGCAGAACCGAGGAGUCAAUUAUAGAACCUUAAAGCAGUUGUUCAAAAUUGCUGAGGAAAGAAAAGAUACUUUCACAUACAGUAUAUCUGUCAGUGUCCUUGAAGUCUACAAUGAGCAAAUCAGGGACUUGCUUGCCACUUCUCCAACAUCAAAGAAGUUGGAGAUAAGGCAAGCUUCUGAAGGGGUUCAUCAUGUACCAGGAAUUGUUGAAGCGAAAGUUGAGAACAUUAAGGAGGUCUGGAGUGUUCUGCAGGCUGGAAGCAAUGCAAGAGCUGUAGGGUCAAACAAUGUGAAUGAGCACAGUAGCCGAUCGCAUUGCAUGCUGUGCAUAAUGGUAAGCACAAAGAAUUUGAUGAAUGGCGAGUGCACCAAGAGCAAGCUAUGGCUUGUGGACUUAGCUGGCAGUGAGAGACUAGCAAAAACUGAGGUGCAAGGGGAUCGUCUCAAGGAAGCUCAAAACAUCAAUAGAUCUCUUUCAGCUCUUGGGGAUGUGAUUUCUGCUCUAGCAUCCAAAAGCUGCCACAUUCCAUUCAGGAACUCUAAACUCACACAUUUACUUCAAGACUCCUUAGGGGGUGAUUCCAAGACUUUGAUGUUUGUGCAAAUUAGCCCUUCCGAGCAGGACUUAGGUGAGACUCUAAGUUCAUUAAAUUUUGCGACUCGGGUUCGUGGGGUGGAUUUGGGUCCUGCGAGGAAGCAAAUUGAUUUGGGUGAGCUUCAAAAGCUGAAAAUGAUGCUUGAUAAAGCCAAGCAAGAAUUGAGAUCCAAAGAAGAGGCUUUGAAGAAAUUAGAAGAGAACUUGCACAAUUCAGAAGGUAAGGCCAAGGGCAAGGAUCAGCUUUGCAGAAGUCAACAAGAGAAGGUCAGCGAACUUGAAGGGCGACUUGCAUCAAAGACACAGUUUUGCAGACAGCUGGAGAAGCAAUUGUUAGAACUUGCAGACGAAAUGAAGGAAAAGGAAGAAAUUUGCUUAAAUCUUCAGCAGAAGGUGAAGGAGCUUGAGAACAAGCUGAAAGAGCGGGAGCAUACAAAGCCUAUGACUCUUCAACACAAGGUCAAGGAGCUUGAGAACAUGUUGAAAGAUAGAACACAUCAAUUUGAGCAUCAUUCUGCAAUGUUACAACAACAGGUCAAUGAACUUGAAAACAAGCUGACAACAGAAGGACGCAACCAAGGAUUUCAAAUGCUUCAACAAAAGAUCAAAGAGCUUGAAGGACAGUUGAAACUGCAAGAACAACAAGAGUCUGUGCUACCAGUAUGUUGUGCAGAAAAGUUAGGAGUCACCCCUAAUCAAACAAAAUCCAGGAUAAGAGUACAAGUUCUACAAGAAAUGGAUCACCAAAGUACGAGGAACUUAAACUCUAUGAACCAAACAAUUAACCAAGAGUCUGUCUUGCUCAAAGGCACUGAUUCUCUACACAAGAUAAGGAGAAGGAGAGAACUCCAAAGCACAGGGACAGAGAACAAUAUCUUAUUGUCAACUCCUGUGCUUAAUAAGAGGAUACUAUCUACUGAAUCAAAAAAUGCAAGGUCUAUUGAUCAAUCCAGAGCAUUGGCAAGGCUUACUAGAAGUACAAAAUCGGCAGCUACUUCUCAUAGAAUAUUAUCCAGCAAUAAACUUUAUAAAGAUCAGGUGCAAGGGAAUAAGGAGAGUAACAAGUCAAAGAUUUGGUUAAGAUAGAAGCAAGUGCACUUUCAUUAUGUUGCACUUCAAUCUUUAUUAAGUUCUUGAAUUCUUUUCUGCCACUCUUCGUGAUUUUUUUUUUUGGUCUGCAUGUUGUGAAUAUCUGAGAAUAUAGAAUGUGAAUUGUUUGAUACCGGUAUCAAUGAUUACGUUACUACCUUUUCCCC